GUGAAACCCAUGAUAUUAUAGCCAGUUGGACCCUGGCCGCUCACCACUAGGCAAUGAAUUACAGUCAUGUGUGUGGUAGAUCUUGUUUCUGGGGCACUACUUGUUUUGGGUCUCGUGUCUGCCACGACAGGAUCUGAUUACAUCGUUGCACCUGUUGAUCAUAACGUGACCAUCUCCCUCAACACGGCCCAGGCUGGACAAGAGUAUAAAGUCGGCGUAGAAGUUAAUAAUGUUUCAGAAUAUCUCUUUCUCAAAACUGACACUGAGCAUGACACUGUGAACAACAGCCAUACAUGGUACGGAGACAGAGACAUCCCAGUGAACAUCACCACAUCAGAGUUCAGGUUUACACUGUAUAAUGUCACUACAGAGGACGCAGGGCUCUACGAAUGUCGGACGUUUGACACAACCAAGGGGAUACCUGGCUGUGAACAGCUUCUCGUUGUGGCACGUGAGUUAUAUUUGGUGCAUCAUGAGUACACGAGUAUGAGAAUAGACAUUUUGAAACAUACAACUGGAUGACACCUUUUUGUUCAUUGCAUCAAGCGACGUUUCGAUGUAGAUUCUUACAUUGAUAUCAAGCUAAAAGCUUAUCAGCUUGAUAUCGAUGUCAGAAUCUACAUCGAAACGUCGCUUGAUGCAAUGAACAAAAAGGUGUCAUCCAUA